AGCAGUUGGACGGAGGUUUCGUCGCAGUGUGCAGCGUUCAUUCCUGACGUGUCCGUCCACAUCUAAACCCACCGAAGGACUGGACGGACGGCACUACAUAACUUACAACCCCGACACUUUAUCCCGCUAUGGAUCCGCCAGCAGUGCUGCAGUAAUUGGCGUGCUAGUGAUGCCAGCAUCCAGAGAGCAUCUGUGUUGUCGUUUUCCGCGCGCGUGCUGAAAGUUGGAUUGCGGAUCGCUUUUUGGACGCCAAGCUUGAAACGGUAUCCGAGCCGUUUUUUUCUGACACCGCGGAUGUGUCUGUGUUGUGUGUGGAUUUGAACACAUCGAGUGAUGCGUUUGCGCUGUCUAUAACACCUUACAGGGAUGUAUGUGCGUGAAUGACAGUAGUUAUACGGCGAAAGCGUUCUCGUCGCGCUCGUUUAUGCACAUUUCGCUGAUUCUGCUGGAGAAAACGGACAUGAAUUGACGGCACUCGCGCUUACCGACUUGUUUCUGAGAAGAUACUGAGGAAAGCUUAUAUAUCAUUGCAUUUUGAGGGAAAAACACACGAGUUGAGCGCUUCGCGUUUGUUUAAGCAUCCUAAAUGCGCUUUAUGCGGUGAUAUCGAACUUGUGUUUUUAUUCAAGUCAUUUAAUAUGACCGAAUGAAAUAGAACACAUCUGACAUCAUCAAACGUCAUCUUCAGGGUGAGCUCGGGUACAUAGGCGGCAGUUCAUUCACUUUACACUGCAGGAACUUUGAGUGAACGCUGGAAAACCAUUGAGAGGAUGCUGAAAGGAUUGUUUUGACUGCGUUUUAGUGUCUCAGCCGACCAUUUAAACGUCCAUUCUUCUAAAUAUCUACAUCUAUUUAAUUAUAAACUUCAAGAACCAUGGAUAUUAAAGCCGAAUCUGAUGAUAAUCUGGAGUGUCCGCGGCCUGCGCCCAUUGAAGUUUUCGCCAGCAGGUCCACACUUCACGGCAUCUCACAUGUGUUCAGUUAUGAACGCCAGUGUGUCAAACGGUGCCUUUGGGUCCUGUUUUUCAUGGGUUCCUUCACAUUCCUGGUGGUCGUGUGCGUGGACCGCAUCAAAUUUUACUUUCAGUAUCCCCAUGUCACCAAACUGGACGAGGUCACAGCACCUUUGAUGGCAUUUCCGGCUAUUACCUUCUGCAACCUGAACUCUUUCCGCUUUGGCCGCGUGACGCGAAACGACCUGUACCACGCGGGAGAACUGCUGGCACUGUUAAAUGGCAGGUAUGAGAUCCGGGACACACACAUGGUGGAGGAGAGCGUCCUGACGACCCUGAAGGAUAAAGCGGAUUUCUCCAGCUUCAAGCCUCGGCCCUUCAACAUGCGCGAGUUUUACGACCGAACAGGCCACGACAUUAAGGAGAUGCUGCUGUCCUGCUACUUCAGAGGAUCCGAAUGCAGCGCCGACGACUUCACAGUGAUCUUCACGCGCUAUGGGAAAUGCUACACCUUCAACUCUGGACAGGACGGCCGACCACUGCUGAUAACCACGAAGGGAGGGAUGGGAAAUGGCCUGGAGAUAAUGCUGGACAUCCAGCAGGAUGAAUACCUGCCUGUGUGGGGAGAAACAGACGAGACCACGUUCGAGGCAGGAAUCAAAGUACAGAUCCACACGCAGGAUGAACCACCUUUCAUCGAUCAGCUGGGAUUCGGAGUGGCUCCAGGCUUCCAGACGUUCGUCUCCUGCCAAGAACAGCGGCUGACGUAUCUUCCUCCUCCAUGGGGCGACUGUAAGGCUACGCCAAUAGACUCUGAUUUCUUCAACACAUACAGUAUCACCGCCUGCCGCAUCGACUGCGAGACGCGAUAUCUGGUGGAAAACUGCAACUGCCGCAUGGUGCACAUGCCUGGAGAUGCUCCAUAUUGCACUCCGGAGCAGUAUAAGGAAUGUGCGGAUCCAGCUCUAGAUUUCCUGGUGGAGAGAGAUAAUGACUACUGUGUCUGCGAGACGCCCUGCAACAUGACGCGCUACGGCAAAGAGCUGUCCUUCGUCAGGAUCCCCAGCAAAGCCUCCGCCAAAUACUUGGCCAAGAAGUACAACAAGACCGAGCAGUACAUCUCAGACAACAUCAUGGUGCUGGACAUCUUCUUUGAGGCGCUGAACUACGAGACCAUCGAGCAGAAGAAAGCCUACGAGUUAGCCGGCCUUCUCGGUGACAUUGGCGGACAGAUGGGGCUGUUUAUCGGAGCCAGUAUCUUAACCAUCCUGGAGCUCUUUGACUAUUUGUAUGAGGUGAUCAAGUUCAAACUCUGUCGCUGCGCCAAGAAGAAACACCAACGGAGCAACAACAACGAGCGAGGAGCCGUUCUCAGUCUGGACGACGUGAAGCGCCACGCACCCUGUGACAACCUUCGCACACCGUCGACCUACCCAGCCAACAUGCUACCUCACCAUCCGGGCCAGGGCAACUUUGAGGACUUCACCUGCUGAGCGUAACGCAAGCACGAACAUCCAGAGAACAACCAAAGCCGACCCCAUUCCCAACCGGACAUUACCGAACAACCUCCCGGAUCUGCAAUUAAACCCAGAUGUCAGAGGAACGCUACCAACCAAGUACACGUUCACAUUCACCCAAUGGAAGUGUGCAAAAACUUUCAACGUUUUCUGAACUUAUAAAGGAAAUACUGCCUCAAAAAUGAAACUCCUUGAAGCUUCGUAAAUGUGGGAACGAGGAUUCCCCCAUGCCAAAUUAUAAAUAAUGGGACUGGGACAUCGAAUAGCUUCUCGCAGCUGAACACCGAUGCCUUUUUUUCUGUACAUAGCGACGGCUCGAAACUGUCUUAAAGACCAGUGGCUUACGUAGGUCAGUAGAUAAUUAUAGCGCUUACUCACUGUAUGUAGCCUCAUUAGCCCCAUCUGCUGGAUCAACUCAGUGUAAUUGGUGAGAAUGUAACUCCCGCCGUUGGGGUUUUGGGAUGCUGGAGGGUUCAGGUCCCAUAUGACAUUGUGUUAACAAGUCUCAUCUUGUAAAUGCAUGCUGGUCGUCCUGUGCAUGUUUUUUUUAGUUUUAUUUAGACUUCAUUAUUAUUAUUACCGCCAAGUUUGCCUCAAUUAUAUACAGGUGUUGGAAGAUGGUGUAUUCUUUGUUUGUGUUUAUACGUGUGAUUGUGUGUGUGUGUGUGAGUGUGAAAGAGAGAUUUGAUGUUUUAGCUGAGAUAAAAAAGCAACAGCAAGUUGAAAACUGAAGAGCAUCUCUACAAGGAUAUGAGAGUUCAGAAAGAAAUAAACCACGUUUGAAUUCAUAUCUAAAAAUGCCAAAAACUAUUAUAAUUAUUAUUAUUUUAAGUUUAGGAUUAUGCUGUGUUUACAUCAGACGCGGUACGCGUGGAUAAAUUGCGCUAUUUGCACAUAAAUAAAAGCUUGACCAUUUUGAGUUUACUUGCUUCAUGUGUUAAAUUCACUUCUAUCUGCCUGGUGACCCUAGCUUCAUUGCUAAAUGGCUAACAUGGACUUUAUUGAGAGAAUAGCUGUGUUUAUGUGCUUUAGGAAGGCUAAAAAACAGCCUCGAUUCGUUUGGAGCCGUGUCUGAGUCCACUAGAUCCAUUCUGAGGUGCACCCAGCUCUGUGAGCUCAUAAACUCCUUCAGAUACUACACCAGGAUAGAGGCUUUCAGCAGUGCUUCUGACUGAGCCAAGCCCAGUUUGAUGAACUGUUGUCCAUUCUCGGCAGAAGGAUUUCACCUGGGAAACAACAGGCGAUACGUCAUUAUCAGUCCCCUACAAGAGCAAGCUCCUGAUUGGUUACCUUGACACGAAUGUCUGCUGAUGCUCAGAUUUUCCAAGUCGAGAGCAAAACACUCAACUCGCGCCGCUUUAUUCACACCGCCUCAUUCGCGCAUAUCGCGCCGCAGGAUGUCUUUUCACGUCUUUGCUUUGACUUAACAUGUAACUCGCUCACGCUUGACGCUGCUUCCGCGUCUGGUGUAAACACAGCAUUAGACUGUUGUAUAAUUAGUCAAUUUAACAAACAAGAUGUGAAUGAGAGGUUCACAAAUAUAUAUACAGUGGCCUUAAAAUAAAUUAUUAUGGACACUUAAAUUACUAUUAAAAUGUGUGAAAUGUUCAAUUAUGCGACUGUUUUCUCUUUACUUACUAACUGUCUGACACCGUCGACACAAAUACACAAGUAUUUUUAUAUACAGUUGUCCCCCUCCUUUGUUUAAAAAUAAAUCUUUGUCCACAUGAAAACGCCUAAACAUUCUAUGAUGCAAUGCACAUGCCAAACCAACAGGUGGCGAUAUAACUUUAAGCAUAAAGCCAUGUUGGCCAAUCAGAGGCCUGAAAAAGGAGCAGCGGCCCAUAAUCUGAUGUCGAACAUAGGACAAAAUGGCACACAAGAAGGUUAAAAACUACACAUGUCGUAACCGAUGUUACCAAAAAUAUUCACUCGUUUACAUGUGGACAAGCGGCUAAACUGCAUAGAAAAAUCUGUUUUGAAAAUACCUGUGUUUGUGUAGACAGAGCCUCAGAAAUUGGUCAUGCUUUUGAGAUUUUUGUUGGCCACAUUCGUUUAAUUUUUAAACAAUCAAAUUUUUUUAAAUUUUGUUUUAUUAAAAAAUCUAUUUGAUGAUUUUGAAACAUUUGUACAUACAUAUCACGUGUCCAAAUACUUUUAGGGCUACUGUAUGAAUACAUGAUUGUUUAUGUGCGCAUCAAGGUGUGACUGAACGUGAAUGUGUGUGAUGAAUCGUUCAUUGUUCGCUGGUCUGUUUCCGAAAGCGUUUCUAAAAAUCAGGAAUGUAACAAACCAAAUAGUUUGUAUCUCUGGGUGGACCAGACCGAUAGCUCGUACGAAACGACAGUCACGAACGCUAACUAUUAUAGUUGUGUGUGCGUCUGUGUGCAUGUAUGUACGUGUGUCUGUUCACGUGAGACUGUUAAUCUCGUCUUUGUUUGGAUUCAGUUUAUGGGAAUUGAACUGUGCAUUGAACAACUUAUUGUUUAUUUGAACUCUGUACUUGCUGAGACGUAUUUGUUAAUGUCGCGAACUUCAUAUCAAAGCACAAACAAGACCACCGAUAUGUAAAGGUGAUGUUUAAGAAUGAUGAAAUAUUCUUAUCAGUGUUAUCAUGAUAAUCAGCAGAUCCAUUAGUACUAUGUUAAACAUUUUGUUUUGUUUUUUACUACAAACAUACAUAUUGCCUGAUAGUGCAGUCGGCAGAUAAUAGGCUGUUCUAUUUAUCUAUGAAGGUAUAAUAAAUAUCAUUCAGAAUUUUA